UAAAUGAUUGUGUGAACGUAUUGACAUAUAAAAUUUAUCUAUUCAUAUGUGAAACGUCCAACCGUUAUCAUUGCUAUCAUGCAAUCAGUUGACCCUACUGCUAUAUAAACGUAGAAUCUGUUGCCAUAUACCCAACUACACCUACAAAGAAACAAUUAACAAACUAUCCUUUGCUGUAACGUGUAUCCUUAAAAACGAUGGCAUCCAGUGACUCCGCUAUUCCUCCUCAUAACCAUGCCGCAGUUAGUAUGGAGGUACCACUAAAGACGUCAGCACCACCACCGGAGUACAGUGCUACAAGAGGCGCAGGUGGAUCCAAGAAGCAUGCAGUGGUUGAUGUGUUCUUCAGGGUCGUGCUUUUUGCAACUACCGUGGCUGCUAUCGUUCUUCUGGUCAUUUCUAAUCAAACUGAGCUUAUUCCGAUUGCACCCGGAAUAGCAAUAUCCAGGACUGGAAAAUUCAGUCACUCCCCAGCUCAUAUAAACCUUUUGGCAACGCUCUGCACUGCUGCUUUAUACAGCAUCAUCACCGGUUUAAUAUCAGUUUUCGGACUAAGGAAGCCAGGAGGAACCUCAACGAAGCUAAAAUUUCAUUUUGUGAUAGUCGAUUCACUGCUAUUAGGUAUUAUGGCUGCAGCAACAGGAGCAUCAGGAGGUGUAUCAUACGUAGGACUCAAAGGUAACUCUCAUAGCAGAUGGAACGAGAUCUGUGACACGUACGAUACUUACUGCAUCCGCGUUGGAGCCUCUAUUGCUUUGUCGCUCGCAUCCUCCGUGACACUUCUACUCUUGGUUUGGAUCAACACUUAUGCACUUUCCAAGAAGAUCGCAAGGCUAUAGUUUGCUUGAUAUCUGAAAUAUUUCGGUAGUACGAGUUUCAUGUUAUUUAUCUUUUGUAGUGUAAAAUUUCUAUGUACAUGUUUUACUUCGUGCCAGUUUUUUUGAUUGUGAUAUUUGUGAUUGAUACAGAUUGUGAUUGAUACAGAUUGCAUUAAAGUUAUAUAUAGUUGAUUUUGUUAUAUUUCAAAGCAUUAGUGGUCCUACGUACAUAUGUUGAAAGAGGAAGAUAAAUCUUUACAGCGUUCCAACUUUCGUCGUUCCACGACUUUAGAGCAUUUGAUCUUUUUGACAUUAGAAUAUAAUUCAAGGAUUUUCAAAUUUUUGUAAGUUAUGACGUGAACGCAAGCUUUUAGUUUUAAAUAUGAUUACAUGAAAAAAAAAAAUGUGUCGAUAUAACUACUAGGGUG